UGACGUCAUCAGCACACACAUUCAGUCCCUGCGUUCGUGAGCGUCAAAAUAUAAACAAACCGUUCCACGUGUGGUAGUUUCCUUGCCUAAGGUGCACGUAGCAUAAAGAAGACUUCCCUUGGCCACACGAGAAGCCGUGUUUAAUCAAAAUGGGUAAGCCAAAAUUGAAUGUUAUCAAGGAAAACAAGAAAAUUAUACAUCCAAAGAGCAGAAAGGCAAAGCAGUUGUCUAAAAAAGUCAGCAGAGACUUAAAGCUCCAGAAGCGGAAGGGAGAAAGCAAUGUAAAGCUUCAGUUUCUGGGAGAUAAAUUGGCUUGGUUCAAAGAAAAUAUGGAUCAACAACUAGAGGAAUUUACACCCAAAGAUGUACUUGAAUUAAUUCAAAAAUACAUAGAUCGCAAUCUUGUUGAGAAUGAACAGAUUCAGCUAAAGCACAAUAUUGGUGGUCGUACAUCCCGGCAGCAUGCUUCCAGAGAGGAUCACAUAAGAAUCACACGCGAAAGGGAGAUGAGCCAGUUCACUAGCUCUGGUUUUGAAACGGUGGACUUUUUAAAUCCAAAAGCCCUGGAGAUUUUCAAGUCCUGGACAGGAGAACUACGUUACUUAUCUAACCUGAAGUUGCAAAAAUUCACAAAACAAUUUCUGGAGUCAGGAGUAUCAGUGGCACCUGAAGAGUGCACCUCACUUCAUGUUCCAGAGUCAGAAGAUGAAGAAGAAAUGGAUGAAGAAACUUAUGACACAAAUAUUGUAUCUGAAAACGUUGAAGAAAUAAAGUAAUAAUAGUAAUUUUAGACAAUUCGUACACA